AUGCUCCUCUCAUUAGCAACAACAGCUUUGGCGGCAUGUUCGCUACCGUCCACCUACCAAUGGACAUCAACUGGAGCUCUAGCGACCCCCAAAUCAGGCUGGGCUGCGAUUAAGGACUUUACCAGUGUUGUCUACAACGGAAAGCAUAUCGUUUACGCAUCGUUCCACGAUAAAGGCUCGAACUAUGGUUCGAUGAACUUUGGCGCUUUUACCAACUGGAGCGAUAUGGCGUCUGCCAGCCAGAACCAGAUGUCGUCAACCGCGAUUGCACCGACCAUCUUUUACUUCGCACCCAAGAAGACUUGGAUCCUUGCACAUCAAUGGGGCCCUACCACCUUCUCGUAUCGCACUUCCAGCGAUCCAGUCAAUGCAAAUGGCUGGUCGGCAGCUCAGCCCCUUUUCACUGGAACGAUCUCAGGUAGCAGCACCGGUGCUAUCGACCAAACGUUGAUUGGCGAUUCCACCAACAUGUACCUCUUCUUCGCGGGAGACAAUGGCAAGAUUUACCGGGCAAGCAUGCCGAUCGGAAACUUUCCUGGUAGCUUCGGUACGGCUUCGACCGUUGUCCUUAGCGACACAACCAACAACCUCUUCGAGGCAGUCCAAGUCUACACCGUCUCUAGCAAGCAAUAUCUCAUGAUUGUUGAGUCCAUUGGGUCAAACGGGCGCUACUUCCGUUCAUACACCGCCACGAGCCUCAGCGGUUCGUGGACCCCACAAGCCACGAGCGAGAGCAAACCCUUCGCCGGCAAGGCGAACAGCGGCGCCACUUGGACCAACGAUAUCAGCCAUGGCGACUUGGUCCGCACCAACCCCGACCAAACCAUGACCAUCGAUCCUUGCAACCUGCAGCUGUUGUAUCAGGGUCGAGAUCCUUCGGCCAACUCUGGCAGCUACGACCUGCUUCCGUACCGACCUGGUGUCCUGACACUGAAGACUUAA